GGCGAGGUACUGGAGGUCACCCGGAGGAGGCGUGCGCUCGUAACAUUUAUCUAAUAGCAGAAUGUCAUGGAAUUAAAAUUAGCAGGAGGAUAAGCAUGUCCUAAAUGAGAAUGUCGUCUGUACCCUGCAAAACCAUGAAUCGCAGCUGAAUGCGCACACUUUCAUCACCGGGGGGAACAAGCACACGAAGAAUCUGAAAAAUCCCCCUGUCCGUUUUGUCCUACACAGCGCCGACUCAACGUUUGCCUGAAAGUGAACUGCGUAAGGCCAUUUAGCCUAGCUGUACAAGUCCUAUACGGCGCUGGAGAGCUUAGAUCCAUAGUAUUCAUGUACGGAUGCACAUUUCUAGGUAAUUUGUAAAUAUAAGACGUGGAAACUAUGAGGAAGGACGUCAGGAUACUACUAGUCGGGGAACCCAAAGUGGGGAAGACAUCCCUGAUCAUGUCCUUGGUCAGCGAGGAAUUUCCCGAAGAGGUUCCCCUACGGGCUGAAGAAAUCACCAUCCCCGCGGAUGUAACGCCAGAGAGAGUCCCCACUCACAUAGUAGACUACUCAGAAGCAGAACAGUCAGAUGAACAGUUAUAUCAUGAAAUAUCAAAGGCUAAUGUUAUAUGCAUAGUGUAUUCUGUCAACAACAAGAAGUCCAUUGAAAAGGUGACAAGCCACUGGAUUCCACUCAUAAAUGACAGGACAGACAAGGAUAGCAGGGUGCCCCUAAUCCUGGUGGGGAACAAGUCUGACCUGGUGGAGCACAGCAGCAUGGAGACCAUCUUACCCAUCAUGAACCAGUACUCCGACAUUGAGACCUGCGUGGAGUGUUCUGCCAAAAACCUGAAGAACAUCUCGGAGCUGUUCUACUACGCCCAAAAAGCUGUCCUGCACCCUACGGGGCCCCUGUACUGCCCCGAGGAGAAGGAGAUGAAGCCCCCCUGCAUCAAAGCCCUGACCCGCAUCUUCAAAGUGUCAGACCUGGACAACGACGGCAUUCUCAACGACAACGAGCUCAACUUCUUCCAGAGGACGUGUUUCAACAUGCCCCUGGCGCCCCAGGCCCUGGAGGAUGUGAAGAACGUGGUGAGGAGGAACAUGUCGGACGGGGUGCGGGACAACGGCCUCACACUCAAAGGCUUCCUCUUCCUGCACACACUCUUCAUCCAGAGGGGCAGGCAUGAGACCACCUGGACGGUGCUGCGGAGGUUCGGCUACGACGAUGACCUGGAGCUCACCCAGGAGUACCUGUUCCCCAUGUUAAAGAUACCAAUGGAUUGCACCACGGAGCUCAACCACAACGCUUACCUCUUCCUGCAGAGUGUCUUUGACAAACACGACAAGGACAGAGACUGCGCACUGUCCCCAGAGGAGCUGAAGGACCUGUUCAGAGUCUUCCCCUACAUGCCCUGGGGUCCCGAUGUCAACAACACGGUCUGCACCAAUGAGCAGGGCUGGAUCACCUACCAGGGCUACCUGUCCCAGUGGACGUUAACAACGUACUUGGAUGUGCAGCGCUGUCUGGAGUACCUGGGAUACCUGGGCUACUCCAUUAUCUGUGAGCAGGAGUCUCAGGCAGCAGCCAUCACAGUGACCCGGAACAAGAGGAUAGACCUGCAGAAGAAGCAGACCCAGCGCAGUGUGUUCCGCUGCAACAUCUUCGGCGCCCGGGGCAGCGGGAAGAGCGGCUUCCUCCAGGCCUUCCUGGGCCGGAACCUCAUGCGGCAAAAGAACAUAAGAGAAGACCACAAAUCAUACUACGCCAUCAGCACCACCUACGUGUAUGGACAGGAGAAGUAUUUACUUCUUCACGAGGUCAUCCCGGACUCCGACUUCCCCUCGGACAGCGACCUCUGCUGUGAUGUCGUCUGCCUGCUGUAUGACAUCAGCAACCCCCACUCCUUCGAGUACUGCGCCAAGGUCUACAAGCAGCACUUCAUGGACAGCAAGACGCCCUGCAUGGUGAUCGCCGCCAAGUCGGACCUGCACGAGGCCCGGCAGCUGUACAGCCUCUCGCCGGCCGAGUUCUGCAGGAAGCACAAGCUGCACCCGCCGCAGCCCUUCACUUGCAGCACGGCGGACGCGCCCAGCCGGGACAUCUACAUGAAACUCACCACCAUAGCCAUGUAUCCCCACGCCCGGUUACGCUGCAUGUGUACCUGCAACAGGUGCACCUUUUGCAUCUGUCAGAACCUCCUCAACUCAGAGUUGCUGCGGUCUGUAAAGACAAAGCUCUACACUGCUGUUAUCAACAGGUUGGGGCCCUGCGUUGACGAGCUGGGCGCCUUUCUGUUGGCUGACGAGGAGUCGAGCCUCAUCCACCAGGUGCACGCGGUCACCCAUGUAGAGGAGUCUGUCUACAUGGAGGCGUCGGCCGACCCCGCGGCGCCCAGACACGUAACCCAGGGCGACAUGAAGAGCUCGAGCUUCUGGCUGCGGGCGAGCGUUGGGGCCACGGUGUUCGCCGUGCUCGGGUUCGCCAUGUACAGAGCGCUCCUCAAACCGCGGUGAUCAUCCGGGUGACGCAUGCAACCCACCACCACCACCACCAAAAAAAAACAUUCACCCCGAUCACUACAUCCUUUUCUGCUUGGAAAGUUGAAAAAAAAGAAUCAUGGGAUAAUUUUUACAAAAUAUUUGAACAUAUAUAUAUUGGUCUGCUGCUGUGUUUUUCCCUUGGCUUGUAUUUAAAUUUGUGCACAUACGUUUAACCAUCUUUCUGUUGGAAACCCUUUUGGUGCUACUGGUGGACCUAGUCAGUACUUUACCAAGUGACACCGUUCCGCAGUCAUUGGUUGUUUUUAAUGGUGUAUACUCUCACAGCACAGUAUAAGCUGGUAUAAACAAGUGUAGGGAAAGCAUUUUCAAGUAAGAAGGGACAGUAUACCAUGUAAAUAAAUGUAUAUACUGGCAGUAAUAUUGUACUUAUAUUUGCCCUCAAAUUGACAAAGAACAAACAAAUAGGGAGGAAGGAGUAAUACCUGUUAUAUGUAAGCUGCAUUGGGAGGAAAAUGACAUCCAAGCCAUGCUUUAUGUUUUGAGGUCAGGUUUUUUUCUGCAGGCAUCAAAUGUAUUGAUUUAUUAACAUGUUUUUUUCUGUUUCAUCAACAUUGCAUGGAGAAAACUGAGUUUUCAUUUUUUGUUUAUUAUUAUUAUUAUUUUAUUAUUGUUAGAAAAGACUGCCUUUUGUGAUGUGGAGCCAGACUAUGAACUGCUCCCAAGAACCCUGUCCAGUACCAGCGCCCCCUUCGCAAGACCUUGUGUAGCCCCCUAGGCAGCUGGCCCUGUGCCUCUCUUGAAGUGCCGUACCACGGCCGAGAGUUGUUACGCCCGCUGUACCCUGCCGGUGCCCUAGUACACACGCGUCUCUCGUCAGACUGUUACUGUGCAGUAAUUUAUUUACAGGGCUGUGCUGGUAAGCCUCACAGUUUUGUUUCCCUAUCUGCUCGCGCAUUUUCCCCUUGUAUCAUCGUUUUUCUCACUGGGUUAGAAACCAGAAUGCGUGUCGACAGUGUUACCGGUACCACUCAAUAAACGCACAACCACCAACCCAACCCCCAGGGACAAUUCGGUGCCAUUUCUGACUUUUUCAACAUUUACAAUAAAUAACUGUGUG